CUCAGCUCCCAGUUCAACUGACAGCUCCAGUGAAUCAGCGUUAACUGGAACAUCGGCGCGGUCCCCCUACCCGACCCUGUGUCUCUGUAGUGUUGUUUAGUGGCGAAUCAUCCCACAUUUUCUGGGGUGGGGGCGUUGUGAAGGAGCCACGUGUACAGGAACUGAAGUGUGACAGGUCUGUUUGACUCUCACAGCUAACACUUAGUUAGCGUCGGCUAGCUGCUGGAGCUCAUAUAGCUCAUUUCUCAGCUGUUUCCUCCUCGGUAUCAGAGCUCGACAGGUAAUCAUGGCUGUUUGGUGCAGAAACCUCCUCCCUGUUUCUCUGCUGUGUUAUCUCCUGCUCCACAUCAUUGAUGCACGACCAGCCAACAUGUCAGCCGCUAAAGAAAAGAGUCCGACCAGCAAGGACGACAACGAGAUUCUUCCCCAGGACCACUUGAACGGGGUGAAGAUGGAGUUGGACGGCCACCUCAACAAGGACUUCCACCAGGAGGUUUUCCUGGGUAAAGAGAUGGAGGAGUUCGAGGAGGACUCGGAGCCAAGGAGGAACAGGAAGAAGCUCAUUGAAAUAUUCACCAAAGUUGACUUCAACAAGGACAGGAGUGUGAGCGCCAAGGAGAUGCAGCGCUGGAUCAUGGAGAAGACGGAGGAGCACUACCAGGAGGCGACGGUGGAGAACAAGAACAGUUUCCAUGCAGUCGAUCCAGACGGUGACGGUCACGUGACAUGGGAUGAAUACAGAAUCAAAUUUCUUGCCAGCAAAGGUUUCAAUGAAAAAGAAGUUGCAGAAAAAAUAAAGAAUAAUGAAGAUCUGAAACUUGACGAGGAAACUCAGGAGGUUUUGGAAAGCCUGAAGGACCGCUGGUUUCAGGCUGAUAACCCUCCAGCCGACCAGCUGCUGAAUGAGCAGGAGUUCCUGUCUUUCCUCCACCCUGAGCACAGCCGAGGCAUGCUCAAGUACAUGGUGAAGGAGAUCGUGCGAGACCUAGACCAGGACGGUGAUAAGAAGUUGACGCUGUCGGAGUUCAUCUCUCUACCUGUGGGCACCGUGGAGAACCAGCAGGCUCAGGACAUCGAUGACGACUGGGUCCGUGAGAGGAAGAAGGAGUUUGAAGACGUCAUCGAUGCAGAUCGCGAUGGCAUCGUAACCAUGGAGGAGCUGGAGGAGUACAUGGACCCGAUGAACGAGCACAACGCUUUGAACGAAGCCAAGCAGAUGAUCGCCGUCGCCGACGAGAACCAGAAUCAUAAUUUGGAGCUCGAUGAGAUUCUCAAAUACAGCGAAUACUUCACAGGCAGCAAGCUCAUGGAUUACGCCAGAAAUGUUCACGAGGAGUUCUAAAGAGAGUCAUUGUCUUCCCUCUCUCCCUCUCUCUCUCUCUCUCUGUAUCUCUCUCUGUCUCUCUCUCUCUGUCUUUGUCUCUCUCUCUC